AUUGGCUCGUUCUUCAUGAUCAACCUAUGUCUGGUGGUCAUCGCCACCCAGUUCAGUGAGACCAAGCAGCGGGAGCACCAGCUGAUGCAGGAGCAGCGGGCCCAGUGCCUGUCCUCCUCUACCCUGGCCAGCCUGCAUGAACCGGGGGACUGCUACGAAGAACUCUUCCAGCUGGUCUGCCACAUGCUGCGCAAGGCCCGCAGGAGGUCUGUAGCCCUGUAUAACCAACUGAGAGGAAGGCCUCUGCCACCACCGCCCACUAGAGGGAGAGGAAGAGGAGGAGGAGGAAGAGGAGGAGGGAGUGCGAACGGAGGGGAAAGGCAUCACCUGAGGCAGCCACGCCAAUCUCCCUGUCCUCACCAAAGCAAGCUGGACCCAGUCCACAGCUCCCAACCCCUGGGCAACUCCAUCGCCCUGGCCGUCCCUCAAAACACAGAGGACUGCCCUCAGUGCGCUGCGGCACUGUCACUCAGGGAGGGGGCGGGAGCUGUGGGUGACUCGGCCAAUGGGGAGGAGGAGGAGGGGGCUGUGGAGGAGACGGACAGGGAGGAGAACCACUUGGAGGAGAAAGCGGAAGAGGGGGAGGGAGUGAAGAAGAAGAGGAAGAGGAGGUCGUGUUUUGGACACUGUAAGGACAUGUGGGAUGAGAUGAGGAAGAAACUGUGGGGCAUCGUGGAGAGCAAAUACUUCAAUAGAGGAAUCAUGAUCGCUAUUCUCAUCAAUACUAUCAGCAUGGGGAUAGAACAUCACAACCAGCCGGAGGAGCUGACUAACGUGUUGGAGAUCAGUAACAUUGUGUUCACCAGUAUGUUCACCCUGGAAAUGAUCCUCAAGCUGACCGCCUUUGGCUUCUUCGCCUACCUGAGGAACCCCUACAACAUCUUCGACGGCAUCAUCGUCAUCAUCAGUGUGUGUGAGAUCAUAGGUCAGUCUGAUGGAGGUCUGUCUGUCCUGAGGACCUUCAGACUGUUGAGGGUGAUCAAGCUGGUGCGCUUCAUGCCAGCGCUACGCAGACAGCUGGUGGUGCUGAUGAAGACCAUGGACAACGUGGCCACCUUCUGCAUGCUCCUCAUGCUUUUCAUAUUCAUCUUCAGUAUCCUGGGGAUGCACAUCUUUGGCUGUAAGUUCAGUCUGAAGACAGACACUGGAGACACUGUUCCUGACAGGAAGAACUUUGACUCUCUACUGUGGGCCAUUGUCACUGUGUUUCAGAUUCUGACUCAGGAAGACUGGAACAUGGUGCUGUAUAAUGGAAUGGCCUCCACCUCUCCCUGUGCUGCUCUCUACUUUGUGGCUCUAAUGACCUUUGGCAACUACGUCCUCUUCAACCUGCUGGUGGCCAUCUUGGUAGAGGGCUUUCAGGCUGAGGGAGAUGCCAACCGGUCGUACUCCGAAGACGACAGGUCCUCUUGUAACUUUGACGAGAACUCUGACAAGCUGAAGGACUCUCUUCAUCUCUCUGACCCUAAGAUCUGCACCCUAACCCCCAACGGUCACCUGGACCUGUCCCCAACUCCCACGGGUCUGUACACGGCCGACAGGCUCACUUUCGCUCUGGGCUCACGCAAAAACAGUGUCAUCUCUCUGGGCAGGGCUAACCUGGAGGGCAGGGCUAACCUGGAGGGCAGGGCUCUGUGUCGGGGGAGCAGCUCCCUGUACCACAACUGGGGCCGCCCUGCCUCCCAGACCCAGGCAAUGUGGGGCCGGCGGUCCAGCUGGAACAGCCUGGGUCGCCCCUCCCGAGCCUUGGGCCUGGGAUUGGGUGUAGGAGGAGGGGGUAGCCUGCGCUGAGAUGUGUUUGCAGAGGACGCCACCCACCCGGCCGAGCAGGAGUCCCUCCUCUCCCAUCACCCUCCUCCACACCUCGCCCACCUUCCUCCCCUCCUGGCCCUAAACUUUGUCCCGCGGCGGGACCGCCGGGCGCUGUCCUUGGAGCUGCCGGAGCUCCUCCAGGUCCCGGGGACCCCCCUGGCAUCAAUGCUGCCUUACCCCAGGAAGAAGAGCUUCUCCAGUGUGUUGGUUGGUGGAGGGGCUGGGGGGGAGCACCAGGACUGCAAUGGGAAGGCCCCAUCAGCCCAGCUCCAGCUUCAACUUCAGCUACCGCCACAUCCACAUCCACAUCCACAGCGACUGACAGAGGUGUUCCCUCAGGUCAACACACGCAAGGACAGAGAGGACCUGGACGAUGACAUUGACUAUAGUCUGUGUUUCCGUAUCCAGAAGAUGAUGGAGGUGUACAGGCCAGAGUGGUGUGAGACCAGAGAGGACUGGUCUGUCUUCCUCUUCUCUCCUCAGAACAGGUUCAGGCGGGUAUGCCAGUCCAUCAUAGCCUACAAGAUGUUUGACUAUGUGGUGCUAGCGUUCAUCUUCUCCAACUGCAUCACCGUGGCUCUGGAGAGACCCAAGAUCAUGCAGGGCAGCCUGGAAAGAGUCUUCCUAACCAUCUCCAACUACGUCUUCACAGCCAUCUUUGUAGCAGAGAUGACGCUCAAGGUGGUGUCUAUGGGCCUGUAUAUAGGGGAACAGGCAUAUCUGAAAAGCAGCUGGAACGUGUUGGACGGCUUCCUGGUCUUUGUGUCGUUGAUUGACAUUGUGGUGUCAAUGGCGGGCGGGGCUAAGAUUCUGGGGGUGCUGAGGGUUCUCAGAUUGCUCCGCACACUGCGCCCCCUCAGGGUUAUCAGUCGAGCCCCAGGUCUGAAGCUGGUAGUGGAGACCCUAAUAACGUCUCUGAAACCUAUAGGAAACAUUGUCCUUAUCUGCUGUGCUUUCUUCAUCAUAUUUGGUAUCCUGGGGGUGCAGCUGUUCAAAGGGAAGUUCUUCUACUGCUUUGGCCCCGACGUCAAGAACAUCACCAACAAGUCUGACUGUCUGCAGGCCAACUACAAAUGGGUUCAUCACAAGUACAACUUUGACAACCUGGGACAGGCUCUGAUGUCCCUGUUUGUGCUGGCUUCAAAGGACGGUUGGGUCAACAUCAUGUACCAUGGCCUGGAUGCUGUAGGGGUGGACCAACAGCCAGUGAUCAACAACAGUCCAUGGAUGCUCCUCUACUUCAUCUCCUUCCUCCUCAUCGUCAGUUUCUUCGUUCUGAACAUGUUUGUGGGCGUGGUAGUGGAGAACUUCCACAAGUGCCGUCAGAACCAGGAAGUGGAAGAGGCUAAAAGGAGAGAGGAUAAACGACGGAGACGCAUGGAGAAGAAGAGGAGGGACGCCCAGAAGAUCCCCUACUAUGCCAGCUACAGCCCCCUCCGCCUGUGGAUCCACACUCUGUGUACCACCUACUACCUGGACCUAUUCAUCACCUUCAUCAUCUGUAUCAACGUCAUCACCAUGUCACUGGAACACUACAGCCAGCCACGAUCUCUGGAUCUAGUGUUGAAGUACUGUAACUAUUUCUUCACAUCCACCUUUGUACUGGAGACCCUCCUGAAGCUCACUGCCUUUGGCUUCCGACGCUUCUUUAAAGACAGGUGGAAUCAGUUGGAUCUGGCCAUCGUGUUGCUGUCAGUGAUGGGCAUCACUCUGGAGGAGAUCGACUACAGCGCUUCUCUCCCCAUCAACCCUACCAUCAUACGCAUCAUGAGGGUGUUGAGGAUCGCACGAGUUCUGAAGCUGCUGAAGAUGGCUAAAGGAAUGAGAGCUCUGCUGGAUACGGUGGUCCAAGCCCUACCACAGGUGGGGAACCUGGGCCUGCUCUUCAUGCUCCUGUUCUUCAUCUAUGCAGCACUGGGGGUUGAGCUGUUUGGAGAACUGGGUGAGUUGGUAUGUAACGAGGACUACCCAUGUGAGGGGAUGAGCCGCCAUGCUACCUUUGAGAACUUUGGCAUGGCCUUCCUCACUCUGUUCCAGGUCUCCACUGGGGACAACUGGAAUGGGAUCAUGAAGGACACGUUGAGGGAGUGCCCUCCGGACUACGGGCCUGACUACUCCUGCAACCCCAGCCUGCAGUUCAUCUCUCCCAUGUACUUUGUGUCCUUUGUGUUGACGGCCCAGUUCGUCCUGAUUAACGUGGUGGUGGCGGUGUUGAUGAAGCACCUGGACGACUCCAACAAGGAGGCCAAGGAGGAGGCGGAGAUGGACGCUGAGAUUGAGCUGGAGCUGGCCACGGGGGCCCUAUGCUGCAUGGGGCCGGAGGGAGUCUGUGCAGGAGGGAAAAAAGGUGGAGGAGCAGGAGGAGGUGGAGGGGGAGGUGGGGGAGUUGGAGGAGGAGUGGAUAGAGGGAUGGGAGUCCCAGGCAGUUCCUCCGGGGGGAAUAUGCAUCAUCACGUGGCAACGACGCAUCCAGGAACACUGCAAGAUCCGAACAAUCGUGAUCCCUACUCUCCUGCACAG